AUGAAGAAGAGUCGAAACCUGCUUCUGACUGCCGGGACCAGUAUAGUGGUUCUUAAAAAUAUCCGCAACACUCUGGAAAACCUCACACGCCUGGUCAGAAGUAUGAUUUGCAACCUGCAGGCGAAGAAAGAAGCCAUCACUGCUCCGUUCAGUAACUACAUCAAGAUGUUGAAGUGGAUAGGAAACAUGCUCAAAGGAGUCACUGACCUGGGAGUGGUGAACCUGGACUCCCACCUGAAGGUGUCGCCCAGGCUGGAAUCGGAAAAAUUCAGGUGGAAACUUGCUGACGCGGAGCAGAAGCUCAACGAGACCGUAAGAUAUGCGCAGGCCUUCAUGAGUACGGUCUCCUCUGUGGCCGACAAAAUGUUUCCCGCCAUCAGCUUCCUGGUGCUCAUGAUGUUUAUAGGCUUGCACAUAAAAAAAUACUGCAAUGACAUGAAAUACAAAAACUGUUUCAUCAGCAGCAAAUUUGUUCGUUUUGACGAGAAGCAGAAGGCAGAAGGGAAGCCCCACGUCCUCCCCCUGACACCAGAGGAGGAGAAGCUGUACGCCGCCAUCCUCUCCACCCGUCCCACCACCAGAGAGGGGAAAGCUGUGGUCAAAUUUGGAAUCCCAGUUGUCUCCCAUUUUGUAGCUUGGGUCAUGUUUAUAACUGUGGAUGCAUUAUUGUACUGUUUUGUUGACAUCAUAACAACAAAGUUAUCAGAACUGGAACCGUUCCAUGUCCCCUUGUUAAUGAGUAUCAAAGGGAUUGCAACUCUAAUUGGUAUACCAUUUGGUGAAGAAAACCACCAAGAAGACUUUUCCUACUCGGUGACCCUGUUUGAGAAGAAGUGCCUUCCCAAACCCAAGCUCCUGCUCUAUAACUCUGUAUUCCCACUGACUGCCAUCCUUCUCACGCUGCUCGUUAUGGCUCUGAUGGCCGCCAAAGUCUCCCAGCUCAGGCUGAUGGUCUGUGAACGAUUCUUCACCAAUGCUGCAGAGGCAAGAGUAGAGUACCUGCACGGGAAAAUCCUGAGGAAGAGAUUAAAACUGCAGAAGGAGAAAAACAGCUGCAGCUUCAUGUCACUUCUUGUUAAGCCACAUUUCUGGUGCCCGCUUCUCUUUCAACCCAAACAGAAUGAACGAAUUCCUGUGUGAGGACAUUGUUCUUCCUGCUACAUGACUUUGUUGUCCACUAAACACUAUGACACUGUCUCUUGGUAAGUCAGUUCACCGAUCUAGUCCAGCCUGACUAACAGCUACGAAAUAGAUUUCAUUAAGCUUUACACAAUGGUUGUCAGAGGAUGAAUUGUAGUGACUUUGGUCAAUCUAGUGACUUUUACUUUACCACCACCAUCAGGCUGACUUUUGUGUUUUUUAGUAAAUUAUCUUUAAUAAUAUGUAACGCCUUAACAUGUGGCCCAGCUAUUUAUGGUACCUAGAGGAUGACUCAUUUUUGUGAUCACCAGAUUAUUUAUAUGUGUUUUAAGUUAUCUAGUGCAUCAGAUUAAAUUGUUUGCUCAUAAUAUUAGUUAUACAUUAAGCCUGCAAUGUGGAAUUUUUGUCUCCCCCUUCUGGCAAUGAGAGGAAUUAACUGAAAUGUCUCAACUUGGCAAAGAUGUUAAUAAUAUUUGAAAUAAAACAGAUUAAAUAGUAAAAAGUAAUAAAUGGUACUAUGCCAACUGAAAAUGGUACACAAUAAACAUUAUCAGUGGAUAUGUCUGAAGGCUCAUAAACAACAGGAGAAUCUUUUGUUCAUGAUAUUUUAAAUUCUUUGAAUAUUUUUAUAAUAAACACGUGCUCAAACA